AGCGCACAGCAUGACGAGCACUUUCGCCAACGAGGUCAAGCUGUUCAACAAGUGGAGCUACGAUGACAUCGAGGUCAGCGACAUCUCCCUCGAGGAUUACAUCGCUGUCAAGCCCAAGUAUGCUCAAUUCGUUCCUCACUCCGCCGGUCGCUUCCAGGCGAAGAGGUUCAAGAAGGCCCAGUGCCCCAUUGUCGAGCGCCUCACCAACUCGAUCAUGAUGCACGGUCGUAACAACGGUAAGAAGAUCAUGGCCGUUCGCAUUGUCAAGCAUGCGUUCGACAUCAUCCAUCUCCUCACCGACUCCAACCCGAUCCAACAGCUCGUCGAGGCUAUCAUCCAGGCCUCCCCUCGUGAGGACUCUACCCGUAUCGGCUCUGGUGGUGUCGUUCGUCGUCAGGCUGUUGACGUUUCUCCUAUGCGCCGUGUGAACCAGUCCAUCUACCUCAUCACCCAGGGAGCUCGUCAGGCUGCUUUCAGGAACAUCAAGACCAUCGCUGAGUGCCUCGCCGAUGAGAUCAUCAACGCUGCCAAGGGAUCCUCCAACUCUUACGCCAUCAAGAAGAAGGAUGAGCUCGAGCGCAUUGCCAAGGCCAACAGAUAAAUGUGGAUGCCUUGUGUGCUUGUCUUCCUCCUUCUAUGCAGUUUAUUGAAAGUCUCAAAAUCGCAAGGUCUCGCCCUGCGUCGCUCGAGCAGCCUAUGUGCUGGCCUGGAGCGCUUUGACAGGAUCUUGAAUACAUAAAGUGCAUUGAAAAAUCGCAAGGUUUCGCCCUGCGUCGCCAAUGGCGUGCAAACACUAACAGGGGAUGGUUUUUUGCUUUGUUAGAUUGAGGCAGCAGAGCUUGAGGAGAGUGGAGAGUUGAGAUGGGUGAGGAGGGAUGGAAAGAAAGAUGUGUAGGAAGAAAGAGAAGGCCUGAAGAGAGUAUGGCCCGUCCUUGAACAAACCAUUUCAACAAGCUGUGAUUGCACACGAGCAGAAGGUAAGUUAUGUCUUUCAAGCUAAAUUUACAGUUACACACGUCAAGCUCCAACAUUUCAUCUUAAUCCUGUCGAAACAUCAUGCAUCUGAUGAAAAGUGGAUAUCACAAAACAGCCUUUGCAAGCGGCGUCCUCUCCUACACCCAUCGACGGGCAGCUGCCUCACCUACAUACGACAACAAGCAGCACAAAUGAACUCAAAGCAGCGUGGAGACUUUAGAGGUCCUGGAAGAUAUAUAAACUUGUUUCGCUC